ACUAAGAAAAGUACAAAGUUCAAAGUCUCGUAUCACAUGUGAUCUGUCAUGGAGGACAAGGGGAACAAAAUUUCAGGUUUUGGUUAAAUUUUUACGAUUGAAGGAUUAAUCAACGUUUACAUUCCAAGAAAGAUGUCUAAAAUGGUAGGAUCGAUUACUUCUACAAAAAGCUUACAGGAAAAGAUUGCUAAAGGAGCUUUAAUAGCUGUUCUACUUGCAAUUGGUGCAAAAAAAUUGUCUCCAAAAGUCAGAAAAAUAUUAUUUGGCUCAGAGAAGCCAAUUUCAAAAAGCAAAGAUUUUGUAGACGAUGGGAUUGGUUCUGGGAAUGACAAGAAGGGGAAAGCAAGUUUAAACAAGGAAUUUUACAGACAACUUCGUUAUCUUCUGAAAAUAUUGUUCCCAGGGUUAAAAAGCAAAGCUUUUGGCAUCCUAACACUUCAUACUGCAACUCUAGUUGCAAGAACAUUUUUGUCAAUUUAUGUUUCUAUGUUAGAUGGAAAAAUCGUUAGAACUAUUGUUAGACGUGAUCUUAGAGCAUUUUUACUACAACUGUCUCAGUGGCUUCUUAUAUCCAUCCCUGCAACGUUUAUUAACAGUCUCAUCAGAUAUCUAGAGUGUGAACUUGCUUUAGUUCUGAGAACAAGAUUAGUGAAUCAUGCUUAUAAUCUGUAUUUUGACAAUCAAACGUAUUACAGAGUCAGCAACUUGGACAGUAGACUUGCUAAUGUUGAUCAGUGUCUAACAGAUGAUAUAACCAUGUUCACUCAGUCUUUAGCACACUUAUAUUCACAUUUGACCAAACCAUUGCUUGAUGUAACAUUAAUGUCUUUCACAUUAUACACACUUGCAAGCAGAAGAGGGGCAAGUUCGAAAUAUCCCUCAAUAAUAGGAGUAGCGGUUUUAUAUUUGACAGCCCAAAUUCUAAAAGCAAUAUCACCAAAGUUUGGUAAUCUUGUUGCUGAGGAGGCUAGACUCAAAGGUGACCUCAGAUUUGUGCAUUCAAGAGUAAUUGCCAAUGCUGAGGAAAUUGCAUUCUAUGGUGGCCACAAGAUAGAGUUGAAUCUUCUACAGAAAUGCUAUAAAAAAUUAGCUGAACAAAUGCAUUUGAUAUUUAACAAACGAUUGUGGUAUAUCAUGUUUGAACAAUUCCUAAUGAAGUACGUUUGGAGUGCCAGUGGUUUGAUUAUGGUAGCAAUACCUAUUCUUACAGCAAAAGGUGGUGGAAUAAGAGCUGAUGGAUCAGAGGUGGAUGAUGACCCAGACGGAGGUGUUAGUGACAGAACAAAAGCCUUUACUACAGCUAGGAACUUACUGAUCAAUUGUGCUGAUGCUGUAGAAAGAAUGAUGUCUUCUUAUAAAGAGAUAACCGAACUUGCUGGAUAUACAUCUCGAGUUUCAGAAAUGUUUGAAACUUUUAAUGAUAUCAGACAGGGAAAGUACAAAAGGACUAUUGUGACAAAGCAAAAAAAGGGAAAGUCAAACUUAGAGAAAAUCUCUGGACCAUUACAAAUAAAAGGGGAGGUAAUUGACACAGAGUCUGUCAUAGACACAGAAGAUUUAGCCAUCAUUACACCCAAUGGAGAUGUUAUUGUGGGCAGUCUUACUAUGAGGGUUGAACCCGGAAUGCAUCUUCUUAUUACUGGACCAAAUGGUUGUGGAAAAUCCUCAUUGUUUAGAAUUUUUAGUGGAUUGUGGCCUGUGUAUAAAGGAAAACUUCAGAAACCUCCACCAACUUCAAUGUUUUAUAUUCCUCAAAGACCCUAUAUGUCUAUAGGAACAUUGAGAGACCAAGUGAUAUACCCAGAUAAUGUUGAAGAUAUGAAGAAGAAAGACUUGACUGAUAAAGACUUAAUCAAUAUACUGAAUAUAGUCAACUUACAACACAUAGUCGACAGGGAAGGAGGUUGGGAUUCAGAAAGUGAUUGGAAAGAUGUGUUAUCUGGAGGAGAGAAACAGAGAAUGGGCAUGGCUAGGAUAUUCUAUCACAGACCACAGUAUGCUUUACUUGAUGAAUGUACCAGUGCUGUGUCUAUAGAUGUAGAAAGUAAGAUAUACCAAACAGUCAAGGACAGUGGAAUAGUUUUACUUACUAUCACCCAUAGACCUUCAUUGUGGAAAUUUCAUACUCAUCUUUUACAAUUUGAUGGAGAAGGAGGGUGGAGAAUGGAAGAACUUGAUACAAACACUCGUCUUACCCUGAACGAAGAAAAACAGAAGCUUGAGACCCAAUUAGCUGGUGUCCCUAAGAUGCAUAACAGACUAUCAGAGCUUUGCUCUAUUUUAGGGGAGGAUUCAGUCUUACUAUCCAGUCAAGAUAAUUUAGAUGAUGUAGAUGAAUUGGUAGAGAGUUGAUGCACAACAUUCCUUAGUUGAUUAGUUUUAUUUCUACAUUCUUGCCAGUGAUAUUAUACUAGAGUACUUCUGUUAGUGAACUGGUUUUUUUUUUGAAGAAAAAAAUCGUGUCUUAGAAUCUGGUAGAUGAAAUGUUGUAUUAAAUGUUCAGUUUACAAUAACUAAAUUAUUAUGUAUUAUAGGGAAUAUUUCCUUUGUAAUUACUUUUAACGACUGAAACAUUAUCAUGUUAUUGCAUUUUAAUUUGAUGAUUUUUUUAUGUUCAAUGUAUGAAUGAACAUCUGAAAAUCAAAUUGUUUUGUUAGGAAUUAUUAGCUUAAAUUUUCUGAAUUUUCAAAAUGUAGAUAUGAAAAUUGGUUUUGCAAAAAUGUUUGAAGCACAAUCAAAUAAAUAAAAUAUAAUAAGAAACUGUGGAUUCAUAUAUUUUCAU